CAUACAGAUAGAUUGUACAAUAUGGAGAUCCGCAACAUAGCAAUCUAUUUGGGCCCGUCUGAGAGGAGACGAUAGACCUGUUUGUCAGUGCGCGAAUCUUGUCUUCAUUUUGUAUCAAGCGCGUGAAUACAAGCAAAAAUAAAAAAUCGAGCUUCUCGACGAUUUCGUUCAAUAUCUUUUUUUCGUGGAGUUUCUACGAAUUACUACAACGAAGUAUGUACCUGGUACUUCACUUUUCUAAUACAGUAUCUUUGCAAUUAGAUAUUUGCUGUGAUGGUGGUGAUGCAGUCCAAGAAUCACAUCAAAUCGAAUAACUACACCGAUGCAGUCCAAAAUGCAUAUGGAUCUUAUGUUAUAAAUGGCGGAGACGGCAAUAAUGUUCUGAAGAUCCGUGGAGAAAACUUGGGUUACGAUUCAAGUUUCCUAAAGCGGUGCAACCUGAUAACUACAAUUAAUGGCGACGAAGACUCACUGGAAAGCGCAGCCGAAACCAGGCAGCAUGGCAUUCAAACACUUUUUAUGGCCUUUUGUGGAAGUGGCUGUCCACUCAGAAUCGACAGCGAUAAGCAUCUCCCGAAGGAAGGAGAUGUAAUUGUUGAUUUAGGCUGCGGUGCUGGACACGACGCAAUUCUUGCAGGCGGGUUGGCCGGAAAAAGUGGUAGAGUUGUCGGUAUUGAUUUCACCCAAGCCAUGAUUGAUCAAUUUAUUAAGAACGCUGAAACAUACGCAAGUGAAGAUGGAGGAGAUACUUCUUUUGCCCCUUUCGAAUCAGUCACUGGUAGCUUGGAGGAUCCAGAGCAACUUUUCUCGUCCACCGGUUUAAAGAAAGGAUGUGCCGACAUCGUUACGUCAAAUGGAGUUUUCAACCUGUGUGCAAAUAAAGCACUAGCGUUUCAGACAGCAUACGAUCUUUUGAAACCGGGUGGGAAGUUCCUGUUGAGCGAUGUUUGUAUCGUGGAAGAAAAUCUCGAUGCAAAGAUAUCCUGUACAGUUGGUGAUGAAGUCACUAGCUGAGUUGCGGGCUGUGUCCAUGUGCACGAGAACAUAAAAUAUCUUGAAAAUG